CCCAGCGCCAGCAGGGGUAAAGCGCGUUGAAAAUUCUCUAUACCACGGCAACGUGUUCGAUCAGUGUUCUUUUAUUCAAUGUUAUAUUAUUUUAAUAGACGAAAUAAAUAAUCUCGUCGACAGCGAUGUCGUAAAUAUAUAUAUAUAUAAGAGAAACGAGUCUAAAGAAGGGAGAAGAUAGAGGGGUGGUGAAAAGAAAUAUAAAAAAAAAAAACAAAAAAACAAAAAAAAAGAAAUCAAAAGAAAAAGUGUCGAUAAGAUCCGAGAUCUCACGGGAAAGCACGUGGGAUACUUCCACGAGUUUGUUGUACCUAUUCUUGGAUUCUCAAGGAAAAAGAAAAAGUUAGUGAAGAAUACGUAGAACUUUGAAAAAGAAAGGUGUAACAAUAUAAUACAGAUUGUACAGAACGAAGAAGAAAGAAAAUAAUUGUACGCGUUGUGUAUAUAUAUAUAUAUAUAUUUUUUUUUUUAUAUGUAUAUAUAUAUACAUAUCUACAUACAUAUAUAUAUAUAUAUAUAUAUCUUUUCGGCUGACAUUUUCUCGUGGAGUUUUGCGAUUCUCCAUGUGUGAGCUUUUUUCGAACGCCUUUGGGCUCACCGUACCGUAGCAUCAUCCCUUCUGUCAUCUAUCCGUCGAGGCACAAAGCGUGGCACGUUGAGGGAGAAAAAAAAGAAAAAGAAGGAAAAAAAAAGAAUAAAAAAAAAAGAAGAAAUAAAGGAAGAAGAGGAGAAAACACACAUACACGCACACACAGAGAGAGAGAGUGAGAAGGUACCCUUUUCCUACCUUUUUCUCUAUCUCUCUCUCUCUCUCUCUCUCACUCUCUCUCUCUCUCUCUCUCUCUCUUUCUACUUCGGUCUUUGUCCAUGGUGUCUGUGCCAAUCGCAGUGGUGGUUGUGUCGUCGUUGGUGCUCUAGUAGUAGUGAGUGUUUGUGCUCUCGUGCCACGAAAACGCACGUUCUCUCUUUCCGUCUGUCUGUCUGUCUGUCUGUCUAUCUCUCUGUCCGUCUGUCUCCCUCUUCUGUGGUGAACGACUAGGUGAGCGGCGCGGAAAAAAUGCGGUGAACCACCGCACUAGAACCACUCCUCCCCCUCCUCUACAAUUCGAACCGCUUACUCUCUUGCUCUACGAAGGAUUUCUCGAGCCAGCACGUCCAUCCAGCGAGGAUGAUCCUGACACGCGAUCGACUAGCUACUCCGGAGAAAGCGUCGAGCAUCGCUGAUUAAAAAAAACAUCCUCCUUUCGUCAGAAUUAUUCCACAAUUCUCAAGGACGGACCUAACAACGAUCGAAUCUGAGAAAGAGAUACAGGUGCCACACCGGGACGGUGUUGUUAAGUGUGCAGUGAUCACGGGUGACCGAGGAAAGACGAGAAAGAGGGUGGUCAAUAUGACUCCUAUCUUCCUCGUUCUGUUGGUGGCAAUCGACCCGAUUAUCGCGCAGAAUGGUGGAAACAUCAGCGACUCGCAAUACAUCACGUACAUGACAAAUCCACCGACGAUCCUGGUGAGGCCUCAAUCGCAGCAGGUGAAGGCAGGUGGAAUAGCGAGUUUCUUUUGCACGGCUCAAGGAGCACCGCCCCCCCAAAUACACUGGAGGAAAAACGGCAAGAGAAUUUCGCAAUCCCAGUCACGAUACCUGGUACAUACGUACGAGCAUGGAGCUUUACUACGGAUCGAACCUGUCAAAACGGCACGAGACAGUACAACAUACGAGUGCGUUGCGGAAAACGGAGUCGGCGAUGCGGUAUCCGCCGAGGCUCAGCUCACCGUUUACGAAGCGGAGAAUUUACCAGCGGGCUUUCCGAUGAUCACACAAGCGCCAGCAGCGAAGGUGGUUGAGAUGGGUCAUAAUGCCGUUCUGCUUUGCGGUGCCAUUGGUUCGCCAACGCCCAUCAUUUCUUGGGUUCGAAAUAUGCUGCCCAUGGACACGUCCAAUCCACGUUUCACGGUUCUGGAUUCUGGUACAUUGCAAAUCACAAACUCUAUCAGUAGCGACCAGGCGAAAUACGAAUGCGUGGCGAACAAUUCUGUCGGCACGGAAUAUUCGAAAUCAACUCUGCUAUACGUUAAAGUUCGUCGCGUUGCCCCGAGCUUCUCGAUACCACCGCCAACUCUGAGCGAGGUCACGCUAGGAGCAUCAUUGAAUUUGAACUGCGUUGCUGUCGGUGCACCUAUGCCGGUUGUACAAUGGCGAAAAUAUCCAGCUACUGACAUAACGCCCGACGACAAUCUACCAGUUGGAAAAAAUGUUCUCUAUCUUACGGACAUACAAGAAUCAGCUAAUUAUACUUGCACGGCGUCCAGUCCAAUUGGUGUAAUACACGCUACUUCUAUGGUGAAAGUUCAAUCACUUCCUGGUCCACCUGAAAACAUUCAAGUGUCCGACAUAACUGCAACAUCCGUCAAACUGAGCUGGUCUUACAAGGGACCGGACGAGUUGCAAUACUACGUAAUCCAACACAAGCCUAAACAGGCUAAUCAGCCGUUCACCGAGAUUUCCGGUAUCACAACGAUGUAUUACCACGUCAGAGGUCUUAGCCCUUACACCGAGUACGAGCUUUAUGUGAUAGCCGUGAACCACAUAGGCCGUGGUCCCCCAAGUGCCCCGGUGACCGUCACCACUGGUGAAACAACGGAAUCAACGAAUGGAGGUGCCAAACCGGGUACUGCGCCAAGGAAGGUUCAGGUCCGACCUUUGAGUUCCAGCACAAUGGUUAUACAAUGGGACGAACCAGAAACACCUAAUGGUCAAGUUACGGGUUACAAGGUUUAUUACACGAUGGAUCCGAAUCAACCAAUGGCGUCAUGGCAAUUUCAAAUGGUCGACAACAGUCAGUUAACAACAUUAUCCGAUUUGACACCACACACGAUAUAUACCAUCCGGGUACAGGCACUUACAAGCGUUGGACCUGGCCCUUUAAGCGCGCCCAUACAAAUUAAAACGCAACAAGGGGUACCAAGUCAACCAGAGAUGUUGACGGUUGUAGACGUUGGGGAGACCAAGGUGACGCUCCGUUGGAGCAAGCCAGCUCAUAGCAGUGAGAAUAUUCUCAGCUAUGAGCUUUAUUGGAAUGAUACUUAUGCGAAGGAAAAACACCAUCGGAGAAUACCAGUGACCGAGAAUUACACCUUGAUCGGUCUUUACCCGAACACGCUUUAUUACAUCUGGUUAGCCGCUAGAAGUCAACGCGGGGAGGGUGCAACAACUAUACCUUGUCCAGUUCGCACGAAACAGUACGUACCCGGGGCUCCGCCUCGCAAUGUAACCGGCCAAGCGAUCAGCCCGACCUCCAUAUUGGUAACAUGGGAACCCCCACCUGCCGAACGCUCCAACGGGAGGAUAUCUUACUACAGACUACAAGUCGUCGAGAGCGGACGCUCCGAUUCCGAGGCGAAGGUUAUCAAACUGAAUCAGACGCGAUUCGUCUUGGACGAGCUCAAAAAGUGGACCGAGUAUCGGAUCUGGGUAUUGGCGGGGACCAGCGUAGGUGAUGGGCCCCCGAGUUAUCCUAUCUCGGUCAGAACUCAUGAGGACGAUGACAAAAUGCCAGGAGAUCCUCAAAACGUCAAAGUAACGUCGAUCAAUUCGACGGCGAUACACGUCGAAUGGGAUGCGCCCAAGGCGAAGGACCAAAAUGGGGUUAUUAGGGGUUACCACAUACACGUACAAGAAGUACGAGAAGAAGGAAGAGACGACGUGUUUAACGAACCUAUACGUCGCGACGUCCAAGAGGACGGUGUACGUGAAAUAAAUAUCACAGGACUGCAACCGGAUACAAGGUACUCCGUACAGAUAGCCGCGUUGACGAGAAAAGGUGACGGUGAUCGAUCGGCACCGGUUCACGUUAGAACACCAGGCGGGGUACCAAAUAGACCUCAAGUUAACAUAAAAGUCCUCAGCAGAGAUCCCGUCGUACUUGAAUUAGAAUGGAUGGAACCAACCCAAACAUAUGGCGAUUUAUUGGGUUUUAGAAUUCGUUAUGGUAUUAAAAAUCAAACGCUUAAAAAAGAAUUCAUUCGUGGGACUCGUCAGCAUACUUACAAAAUCAAUGAUCUCGAAGAACGCGGCGUCGAAUACGAGUUUAGAGUUGCCGGUCAGAACAGUAUAGGAUAUGGUCAAGAAACUGUACAAUAUUGGUCAAGUCCAGAGGGAGAACCUAGCGGAUCACCAACCAAUUUGUCUUACUUCUUCCAAACGCCUGACACCCUCUGCGUCACUUGGGACAAACCUUUGAGACAACAUAGGAACGGCCAGAUCAUUGGUUACGACGUUCAGUUCAAUAAAAAGAACGAUCAUUCGUCAAUUAUAGAAAGGAAUACGACGAAAACGCGGGAGGUAUUUUCAAAUUUGGAAGAGGACACAGAAUACGUUUUUCACGUUAGAGCUAGAACGAUGAGAGGUAGCGGUCCGUAUUCCGAAAAGAUAACGAUAAUAACGGAAAAGGAUAUCGGUAGAGCACCGAUGUUCGUCAAGGCCGUUGCAACUUCCGAAUCGAGCGUUGAAGUUUGGUGGGAACCAGUACCUAAUCGCGGCAAGAUCGUUGGUUAUCAAGUUUUCUAUACUACGACACCGGUCGAGGAUCUUGACGAGUGGAAACAAAAGACAGUUGGAUUGACCGAAUCAACCGACCUGGUCAAUCUCGAGAAAUUCACUCAAUAUGCGAUAACCGUUGCCGCAAGAUAUAAAACCGGUCUCGGUAGGAUCAGUCAAAAGAUUACAGUAACUGUCAAACCGGAAGAUGUGCCUUUGAAUCUCAGAGCACCGGAAUCGUCAACACACUCUAUGACGUUAUCAUGGACACCACCUAUAAGACUGAAUCCAACCAAUUACAAGGUGUCCUUCGACGCGGUUAAAGAGUUCGUCGAUUCUCAAGGUAUAACGCAAACUCAAAUCGUACCACGUCGGCAAAUCCUAUUUGAUCCUAGUGUCACUAGUACAACUAUUAACGAACUACAACCAUUUACUACGUACAACGUUAACGUCAGUGCCGUACCACGCGAUGGACAAUACAGGCCACCUGCUAAAAUUACCGUAACCACACAAAUGGCAGCACCGAAGCCUAUGGUAAAACCAGACUUUUAUGGCGUCGUCAAUGGCGAAGAGAUUCAAGUGAUCCUACCUCAGGCGUCCGAAGAGUAUGGACCAAUUUCUCAUUAUUAUUUGAUCGUCGUACCUGAAGAUAAAUCUACGGCUGACAAACAGCCCGAUGAACUUACGGAAGAUAUGAUUACCGGGAAGGGUGCCAAACAGGAACGAGAAAACGCACCGUAUAUCGCUGCCAAGUUCCCCCAUAGAGACAUUCCUUAUACUUUCCAUUUGGGAAGUGGCGAUAUAUAUGAGGGAUAUGAAAACAGAAAGUUGGAGAGAAAUAAGAGAUAUAGAAUUUUUGUACGUGCUGUGGUCGAUACUCCUAGAAAGCAUCUCUACACUUCUUCACCUUUCUCCGAGUAUCUUUCAUUGGACAUGAGAGAAGUUCCACCAGGCGAACCACCGCGGCGGCCAAAUCCAAAUACUCCAGUCGAUGGAAAUCCUGAAGUGUCCGUUAAAACCAGCGGACAGGAGCCUGGUAUGGUUUGGGUAAUAGGACCUAUAAUAGCAGCACUUAUGGUCAGCAUCUUUCUGAUUCUAUUAUUCGUAAUAAAAAAACGAAGGCAACCGUGCAAGGCACCAGAUCAGGCCGCAGUAACUCGACCGCUUAUGGCAGCAGACAUUAGUUCGAAUCAUGCACCGUCCGAUCCAGUCGAGAUGAGACGUUUGAAUUUCCAAACACCCGGCAUGAUAUCACACCCACCGAUACCCAUAAGCGAAUUGGGAAAUCAUAUCGAACGAUUGAAAGCAAGCGACAAUCUAAAGUUCAGUCAAGAAUACGAGUCGAUCGAACCCGGUCAGCAGUUCACUUGGGACCACUCGAAUAUGGAAGUGAACGCGUCAAAGAAUCGCUAUGCCAACGUGAUCGCCUACGAUCAUUCUCGAGUGAUCCUUCAAACGGUCGAUGGGAUGCCAGGGUCCGACUAUAUAAACGCGAACUAUUGCGAUGGUUAUAGAAAGCAGAACGCAUACGUGGCAACUCAAGGACCACUUCAAGAGACCUUCGGUGAUUUUUGGCGAAUGUGUUGGGAACUUCGUACUAGUACGAUUGUUAUGAUGACGAAACUCGAGGAAAGGACUAGAAUAAAAUGCGAUCAGUAUUGGCCAACAAGAGGUUCAGAAACUUAUGGCCAGAUGACGGUCACCAUUACCGAUAUCCAAGAGCUUGCUACCUAUUGUAUCCGUACUUUCCAGGUUUGUAGAGCCGGUUAUUCGGAGAGACGCGAGAUAAAGCAAUUGCAAUUCACUGCAUGGCCUGAUCACGGUGUUCCGGAACACCCAGCACCAUUUUUACAAUUUUUGCGAAGAGUUAGGUCAUUAAACGUACCGGACAGCGGCCCAUUGGUGGUACAUUGUAGCGCUGGCGUUGGCAGAACCGGUUGUUUCAUCGUCAUAGAUUCUAUGCUCGAACGUAUAAAGCAUGAAAAAAUGAUCGACAUAUAUGGACACGUGACGUGUCUGCGAGCUCAGAGAAAUUACAUGGUACAGACUGAAGAUCAGUACAUAUUUAUUCAUGACGCCCUACUCGAAGCGGUGAUAUGCGGUAACACCGAGGUACCAGCUAGAAAUCUACAUUCUCACAUUCAAAAGCUCAUGCAACCUGAAAUCGACAAUAUUACCGGGAUGGAAUUGGAAUUUAAGAAAUUGUCUAACAUCAAAGCUGACUCGACGAGAUUCAUAUCGGCUAAUUUACCAUGCAACAAGCAUAAAAAUCGAUUGGUUCAUAUCUUACCUUACGAAUGUAGCAGAGUUUGUUUACAACCACAACGUAACAUCGAAGGUUCUGAUUAUAUAAACGCUAGUUUAAUCGAUGGAUACAGAUAUCGCGGUGCAUACAUUGCAACCCAGGGUCCUCUUUGCGACACCACUGAUGACUUUUGGCGUAUGUUAUGGGAGCAUAAUUCGACGAUCGUCGUAAUGCUAACUAAGCUAAAAGAAAUGGGUAGAGAAAAGUGCCAUCAGUAUUGGCCAUCCGACAGAUCUAUUCGUUAUCAGUGCUUCGUAGUAGAUCCCAUUGCUGAAUACAAUAUGCCGCAAUACAUUUUACGUGAAUUCAAGGUCACCGACGCACGAGACGGAGCAAGCCGUACAGUUAGACAAUUCCAAUUCAUCGAUUGGCCGGAACAAGGUGUACCAAAGUCCGGUGAUGGUUUCAUCGAUUUCAUCGGUCAAGUUCAUAAAACCAAGGAACAAUUUGGUCAAGAUGGACCAAUCACUGUACAUUGUAGCGCCGGAGUAGGUAGAACGGGUGUCUUCAUAACGCUUAGUAUCGUCCUUGAACGUAUGCAAUACGAAGGUGUUGUCGAUAUAUUCCAAACAGUGAGAAUAUUACGUACGCAACGUCCUGCCAUGGUACAAACGGAAGAUCAAUAUCAGUUCUGUUAUCGUGCCAGUUUGGAAUAUUUGGGAUCGUUCGAUCAUUACGCCAACUGACAAGCCGAUAAUCGGGAGCAAAGAGAUGCUACGAGAGAUCGAAGGGAACGGCAAAAAAAUGAAAGGGAUAUCGGAGAAAGGGCUAAAGUACGACGUGUUUAGUACAAUGGAGUAUAUCGUGUUAAGUGUGCAGCGAAAUGAGUAAAGCGUAGUUUUCAUGCGUAACAUUUUACUCGUACCUUCCAAGGACAAUUUAUUGUAGUCGCUAAAGCGAUUGUAAUCGCGCUAAUGUAUCACAGACGGUUUAAAAAAAAAAAAAAGAGGAAAACGGCAAAAAAAAAAAUAAAUAAAUAAAUAAACAAGUAAAUAAAUAAAUAAAUAAAUAAAUAAGUAAACAAAUAAAUAAAUAAAUAAAUAAAAAGAAAAAUAAUAAUGGUAGACGAUGAAGAAGUGCAAUAGUCGAAUGGUGUUGCAGCACACAUAAUCGCGCAAGGAAAUUUUCAUUCUUGACGGUAAUUUAAAUAUAUAAAUAUAGAAAAGCAUUCAAACAAGUUUUAUCCUGAAAUGUAAGAAACAAAACUGAAAAGAUGAGAAGGAAGAUGAGAAGGAGAAGAAAAUGAUGAAGAAAAAAAAAAGAAGAAGAAGAAGAAGAAGAAGUUGUCGUCUAAAUAAAUAGAUUUUAGAGCUCAAAGGUAAAAAGCUCGACUCGCAAUUGUAGCUAUAGCUAGCAGCGAGCUAAAGCAGAAAAAAAAGAAAAAAGAAAAAAAGAAAAAAAAAAAAAGAAAAAAAAAGAAAUAAAAACUGCCGCUUAAGUGUACGUGAAUCUCCUCGUUGAUGAUGCGACCGACCAUAUUCUCUCGAGGCACACUUUUUUUAUUUUAUACAAAAUCUCAAAAAACAACAACAAAAGGAACAAAAAAAGAAAGAAAGAAAGAAAGAAAGAAAGAAAGAAAGAAAAAUAAAAGAUACAAAAAGAAUGAGGGAUUUGUUAAAACAUGAUCACCACCAUAUCGUUCUCGAAUUGGGAAGCGUAGGGGGGGGGGGGGAAGGGAGAAAAAGGAAGUACAUAACUGAUUUAUGUCGUUCUACCUUAAAAUAAUUUUGCGAGGAACACAUGCUCGCAAUAAAGGACAUAAAUGCAUACAUAAAAACAUAAAUACAUACAUACAUAAAAAUAUACAUAAAGAUACUAAAGCGCACGCACAUACAGACACAUUACAUACGUUGACGUAUACAUCAAAAUCAAAAUUCGAAGACGAUCCCGAUUCUCCGAAUUGGAACAUAUCUUGAUAUAUGUGAGAGUAUUUAUUAAACACCUCACUUAUGAAACAUUCUUUGCAGCUACA